AAGCCUGUGAUGCGGGCUGUUGCGGGCGGGAUUGAGAGGAGAGAAGUUAUGGCUGUGACGAGGAGGGUUGAGAGGCGCAUGUUUGGUGGGUUCUUCGUUUUUGGUCGUUUGGCUGUGGAAUUUGGAUAUGGAAAGAUGGCCAGCGGCAUCUUGAUCUCUUUUAUUUACAAUUCUUGGUUCAUUCGAUCUGCUCGACUGUGCACCCUUGUUCUUCCACUUCUUCGGUACUCCCAGACUGGUUGUGAUGAUCAAGAUGAUCACGUCCGCGGAGGGUUUACUGCAUGGAGGAUGCAGGGGUCUCCGAUGCCGAACAUGAUGUUGCCUCACUGCUCGCGAUCGCGAGACCCUCCAUGA